AGCACUUUGUUGUUGGCGUCUGUUAACAUUGCAACUGUCUCAAACGCGCACACACACACUGAGUCACACUUACACACACAAACAAACCCGUUACGUAACCUCACUCACUGUCCUUCCAAACCCUAAUCACCCCACCACACUAUUCUUCUGCUGCCACACUGACCCAGCUUUUUCUUUCACCAAAACUUCACAAAAGAAAGCUUUUUUAUUCAUACCCGCGUGAGAUUUUCGCUGUUUUAGCUUGGGAUUCUUGUGCUCGGUAUAUCAUCAAUACAGGUUUUGUGUUAUUCGCCAAGUGAGAUUUUAGGGGAGAAAUCUUGGGUGUUAAGCGGAUUGGUGAGAAAAAAAGCAGUUAUGGUCACUGUUGAGAAUGAGAUUGGGGAGGAUCAGAAGGAGGUUAGUGCUCCCAAGUCUCCAUGGAAGACCCCUAUUGUUGAUGGGAAUGGAGUUGAUGUGUCUGUGAUGAUGGGCACAGAGUCUUGGCCAGCACUCUCUGAUGCCCAACGACCCAAGAAUCUUGAGAUUGCUCCUCCAAAGUCUGAGGAUGCAGCAGCUUUUGUGCCAAGUGCUGGUGAGGUUGCUCCACCACCUCCAUCUGUUCAGAAGUUGAAUGGUUCUGGAAAUCAUAAUCCGUUGCAUAAGCUGCCAACAUCACGCCAUCAAAAGCCGGGUGCUAAGCGCCACUCAAAUGGUGCACCUCCAUUUCCUGUACCAAUGGCUUAUCAUCAACCAUCUCCUCCGUAUUUUCAUGCUAUUGGACCGCCACCUCACAUUGCUGUUCCUGGGUAUGCUUUCCCACCUGGUCCAGGACCUUUUCCGAGUGUUGAAAACCCUUUAGUGAAGCCUGUAUCUCAGGCACCAGGACAAGCUUUUGCUCCACCUGCUCAUGCUGUUGAUGCCAAAAAUGUUCAGCUUCCUAUGCAAGGGGAUCCAAAUGCCUAUAUUGCCAAUUUUUCUAAUGGAAGACCAAAUAUCCAAGAACAAGGUGACCAUCUAAAUCAUGGUUGGCAUCAUCAAAGACAUUUUCCUUCUAGAGCAAACAUUUCUAUGCAACAGGGUUUAGGCCCAAGGCCCUUUAUAAGACCUCCAUUUUAUGGUCCACCUCCAGGGUACAUGGUUGGUCCAAGCUUCCCAGGACCAGCACCUGUAUGGUGUGUCCCCAUGGCACCUCCUGGCCCCAUUAGGGGACCCCAUCCUCGGCAUUUUGUUCCAUAUCCUGCCAGCCCAGCACCUCAGCCACUGACUCCAGAAGCUCUAUCUUUAAGGUCUAGAAUUGCGAAACAGAUAGACUAUUAUUUUAGUGAUGAAAAUCUGCAGAAUGAUCGUUAUCUUAUUUCCUUGAUGGAUGACAAAGGAUGGGUUCCCAUAUCCAUUGUUGCUGGUUUUAAAAGGGUCAAAAGGAUGAGCACAGACAUACCUUUCAUCCUUGAAGCACUUCAGAAGAUCUCUAAAGCUGUGGAUGUGCAGGGUGACAAGAUAAGGAAACGUAAUAAUUGGUCAAAAUGGAUUCGAGUUUCCUCAGGAAAUUCAGGAUCAUCAAUGGACCAGGUUCAACAGAGCCAACUUGUAGAGGAUGCUGCUGAUUCUCUUGAGAAUAUGGAUGCUGUUGGAGAUAAGACAAAGGAGACUUCUGAAACAAAUCUUGAAGAUGCUGCUCAUAAUUCAAUUCUGGCAGAGGAUGAUCAGUCAAAGAAAGAUACAUUACAAGUUUUUCAUAUGAACCGAGAACAAGAUACCGAGAGUCAUCACUCCAAUGAUAAACUAGAUGCAGUAACUGGUGAAAGUGUUAAGUUCUCUGAUUUUGACACAACUAAUAGUAACUUAUGCUGCCACUCACAAGAAACUGACCCGAAAACAUUUGAUUAUAAUGAGACUGGAAACAUGGAUGUUUUGGCUGAUGUGGAUAUCAGAGACCUUUCCAAUGAUUUUGGCAAUACCUUUAUGCUUGAUGAAGAGAUAGAGCUUGAGCAGAAGAUGCUAAAGAAGACUGAGCUUUCUUCUAGAAGGAUUGAUGAUGAAGAUGAUGAGAUGGCUGUCAUUGAACAGGAUGUUCAGAGACUUGUAAUUGUUACCCAGAAUAGUGAUAUUAAACAAGGAUCUAGAGGUGGUGGUAAAGAAUCGAAAUCCAUUUCCAAUGAGCUUGCUUCUGCAAUAAAUGAUGGGCUUUACUUCUAUGAGCAAGAACUGAAACAUAGGCGGUCUAAUCGCAGAAAGAAUAACUGUGAUAAUAGAGAUUGGAACUUAAAAUCUCCAAGCCAUACUUCAGGAGUAUCAAAUAUAAAGGAGGGUGAGAAUAUCAAUGGAAGCAUUGUUCUUGAAGAGUCUGGAAGCAACAAUUCUCGAAGGAAACAAAAAGUCUUUCCCAAGCAGCAGUCUUCCCUUAAGCAACGGUUUUUCUCGAGCAAUUUUAGAAAUCAUGGAACUGGCCGUAACUCUCAUGGAAUCAUAUCUGAAAGCCCACCUAGUAAUUCGGUUGGGUUUUUCUUUGCUUCUACACCACCUGAAAAUCAUGGUCUCAAGCCUUCCAUAUUGAGUAGUUCGCCACAUGGGGGUUUUUCUGGAAGUAGUCCACCUGUGGGUUCAAUGCCAAAGUCUUUUCCACCAUUUCAGCAUCCAAGUCACCAACUUUUAGAAGAAAAUGGUUUCAAACAGCAGAAGUACCUGAAGUUUCAUAAAAAAUGCUUGAAUGAUAGAAAGAAACUCGGAAUUGGCUGCAGUGAGGAAAUGAACACAUUAUAUAGGUUCUGGUCCUAUUUUCUUCGAGACAUGUUUGUUCCUUCUAUGUACAAUGAAUUUAAGAAAUUAGCCAAGGAGGAUGCAGCUGCAAAUUAUAAUUAUGGUAUAGAGUGCCUUUUUAGGUUCUACAGUUAUGGUUUGGAGAAAGAAUUUAGUGAUGAUUUGUACAAGGAUUUUGAGCAGCUUACUCUGGAUUUCUACCAUAAGGGCAAUCUGUAUGGCCUGGAAAAAUAUUGGGCAUUUCACCACUAUGGCAAGGUACGUGACCAAAAAGAACCAUUGAAUAAACACCCUGAACUGGACAAGUUGCUCAGAGAAGAAUAUCGUAGUUUGGAGGAUUUCCGUGCCAAAGAAAAGAACAUAGUGAAAGAGGACUUCAAUUAAGCUGAGUGAUGUGCCUGAAUAGUAAAUACACAAGUCUCAGACCAAUUUUGAGAAGAACUCUUAACAACAACUUGACAUAUGAGUUUGAAGUAUCGGCAUGCUUUUUGGUUUGUUCUAUAAUGGAUGGUUGGAUUGAUUAUGCCUCUGCAUGAGGAUUGCUGAUUGGCAACUUGAAAAGAAUGCUAAGUCUUUUCAAGUUUCUUUGAUGGAUAUAUGGUAUACAAUACAUCCUUUUUUUGCCUGGAUCUUUAGACUUGGGGAGGCACCUUUUCUUGUCUCCAAAUUAUUGUACAUAAAGAUUACAGACUAGAAGUUGCGAAUAUUACAGCUCACUGAAAAAGAGGUCCUUGUCUAUUUUUUGGAAGGGGGUGAAAAAAGAGGGGAAAGGGUUGUACUUAAAUCUUACCAAAUUUGAACAAUAAGAGUGAGAAUCCUCUUACUGUUACA